GUGAUGUGCCAUUGUUCGGGUGUUAGCGCACGUUUUCAAACUGUGAGGAGGGUGUCGGGUGACAAUCACCGCCGCCGCUACAAAUAGCACGGUGACGUGCGCACAGACACAAACACACACACACGCGCAGUGACAGCGCAGGUCGAAGAGCAGCAAAACGUCAGAGUUACGGCUUUGGGUCCUGGCAAGAUGAAGUGCGGGGCGGUCGCUCCGUAUGACGUCACGUCGUUGCUCAGCGUUUGGGAAUCGCGCGUCAGGAAGCAUCGACAACGUCAAAAGAAAGAGCAGGAAAGAAAGGAGAGGAGCGCCCUCCCCAAGAUCGAACAACAGUGGCACGAUCGCUUCUACACCAGGAAGCCCAACGCGCAACAACGCAACCUGCUCAACGGCCACCAGCACAGGUCCACACAAAACACACAAUCAGGUGAGCCGCCUGCUGCUGAAGGUCGGCCAGAGGACGUUUUGGUGGAUGCCGACACCGACGCGUUGUCCUUCCGUCUGUCCGGUGAGCAGUGGAAGGAUUUCCCGCAGGAACUGGAGUGGAAGACGUUUUUGCUGGAGUGGCACGUGAGCGGCACCAAAAUCCAGAAGCUUCCAGACUUCUUGGCAUCCUUCAGCUUGCUGAGAGUUUUGGAAGUAGCCAAGAACAAACUGGACCGACUGCCCCCCGACAUCGGAAAACUCGUCCAGUUGCGCCAGCUCAACGUCAGCUACAACCGCCUGUCCUGCGUUCCCCCCCAGCUUGGGAUGUGCCACAACCUGGAACGACUGGAACUGGCCGGAAACCGCGACCUGUCCGAGCUGCCUUUCGAGUUGAGCUCUCUGAAACGUCUGACGCACCUGGACAUAGCGGAGAACGCCUUUGCAUCAAUACCCGUGUGCGCUCUCAGGAUGAGCGCUCUGCAGCUCCUCGACCUCAGCGACAACAGGCUCGCCGACCUGCCGCAGGACAUGGACAGGCUGACGGAGCUGGCGACCUUGUUCGUGCACAACAACAAUCUUUCGUAUCUUCCCCACUGCCUCACUAACAUCGCCGCGCUGAAACUGAUCGUCGUCAGCGGCGACCCGCUCGUUUGUGUACCCACGAAACUCUGCAGUAACCCGAAGAUCAAGUUCAUUCGGCUGUACGACAGUCCGGCCGGUGGCAAGAAGGAAAAGAGGACGGACGCGACGGGUACGGCGAGCCAAGGACGGGACGAAGAAGACGAGACAAAGGACGGCAGGGAGAAAGAAUUCAUGGACGUUUACGUCAGCACGCUCGAGGACAGAGAGAACAUGCCCUUCUCCACCACCAAGGUGACCAUUUCCUGUCUGCUGUGACCCCGCCCACUGGGAAGCACCACCGCGAAUAUGCUCAUGCUAAGGCGGAAUUUGAUUGGUGCUCAUCCAUCAUCCUGAAGACAUCGCUGUGGUUUGAUCUUUUUUUAUUGUUGGGAGUCAGAAUCUCUUCAGUCAUUUCUCAUCUUUUAUUUUGGAAACCAAAAGAUUUUUUGGGGGGGGCGGGGUUUGUUCAGUAACGGGGAAAACUCUCUUUCCCGAAUGCGAUUUCCAAAGCUUGCUGCCGAAAAUGUCAUAUUUGUAAAUGAGGGCUCCUAGUAAAAAAAAAAAAAAAUCAAAUAUGAGCGAUAAAAUGA